AUGAUAUAUAAAUCCAGGACCAAUGAUAAGUCCAGGACCAAUGAUAUCAAAAUCUAUACACUGUCUCAGUCCAGGACCAAUGAUAUGAAAAAUCUAUACACUUCCAGGACCAAUGAUAUCAAAAUCUAUACACUGUCUCAGUCCAGGGCCAAUGAUAUCAAAAUCUAUACACUGUCUCAGUCCAGGACCAAUGAUAUCAAAAUCUAUACACUGUCUCAGUCCAGGACCAAUGAUAUCAAAAUCUAUACACUGUCUCAGUCCAGGACCAAUGAUAUCAAAAUCUAUACACUGUCUCAGUCCAGGGCCAAUGAUAUGAAAAUCUAUACACUGUCUCAGUCCAGGACCAAUGAUAUCAAAAUUCUAUGUCUCAGUCCAGGACCAAUGAUCUACAUCCAGGAUCAAAUAUCAAAAUCUAUACAUACACUGUCUCAGUCCAGGACCAAUGAUAUCAAAAUCUAUACACUGUCUCAGUCCAGGACCAAUGAUAUAAAAAUCUAUACACUGUCUCAGUCCAGGGCCAAUGAUAUAAAAAUCUAUACACUGUCACCAGGGACCAAUGAUAUCUCUAUACACUGUCUCAGUCCAGGGAUAUCAAUCUAUAUCAGUCCAGGACCACGAUAUCAAAUCUAA